CAUCACUUGCAUUUUGUGCUCAAAACAGUAUGGCGGCCUCUUGAGCCCCUGACCAGCUAAAUUGUGGUGAAUGUCACUUUCGAGUUUCAACAUUAAACGAAGGGCGGUAGUUCUUGGGAAACUGAUAGCAAGCUGCACACAAUGGACUGGACAUGCAUCCUCUUUAACUAGACAGAUAUGGUUGUCAGCAUCCCUGAGAAGUGUAUUUAUUAUAAAUCAGGUCUGUUAUGUGGACUUUGAUUUGUAGAUGCACUACAUCAGGAAUUAGCACAAGCAAUUGAUGAACAAAUGAGGUCGCUGCCAGGGCCUGUGACGAUAUUAUGGGAUAUAGAAAAUUGCCCUGUUCCUGCAGAUGUUCAUCCAGAGGACGUGGCAAGUAACAUUCGGAUGGCUCUGCAGCUACAUCCUGUUAUUAAAGGAGUGGUAACUAUGUUCUCAGCAUAUGGAGAUUUCAAUAUCUUUCCUCGCAAACUUAGAGAAGGCUGUCAAAGGACUGGUGUAAACCUUAUUGAUGUUCCCAAUGGAAAGAAAGAUGCAGCAGAUAAAGCCAUUUUAGUAGACAUGUUCUUAUUUGCUCUUGAUAAUCCUCCCCCUUCUACCAUUCUUUUGAUUUCUGGAGAUGUGGAUUUUGCUCCGGCAUUGCACAAAUUGGGUCAGCGAGGUUACACAGUCGUGCUUGCUAUUCCAGCUAGAGUGGGUGUAUCCUCUGCACUCUGCAAUGCUGGUCGGUUUGUUUGGGAUUGGCCAAGUGUGGCUCGAGGGGAAGGUCUUGUUCCAGCAAAAUCGUUUUGGACACAAGCACCGGAUAUGACCGGUUAUCAUGUUGGUCUCUUUUCAAGUGACAAAUCUAAUCUACAAAAUGAUGAAGAAGCUAUUCUGUACACUGGGAUCCGUCAAAAUGAGUACAACAUUGAGACUGAUUCAAACCAAAUGUACCAAAUGUUAACAGAGGAUUUGAUGAGAACUUCUUUUGCCACCAAGGAACAAGAACUAGAAUUUCUUAAAAAUGUUGGUAGUGGUGCCAAGGCUUCACCCAUAAAAUUUCCAGCUCCUGUUGUAAAUGCUCAAGGCACAUAUCUAGUGAAUUCAUCUUCCUCUAUGGAAAGGAAUCAGGCAGCUAAUGUCCUGCCUGCAACGAGCACACAUUUACAAACAUCAUCCCAUCCAGAAUACGGUCAACCUAACAUAAUGUUUAAUGAAACAAAUUUAGGAGAAUCUUCAGUUGCGUGGGUGCAACCUGGUGACAUUCAAGGCUUAAAGAGACAACUUGCAACUCUUGUCAAUGUAUAUGGAGGAAGUUUGCCACUUGUACGGGUUCCUUCUGAGUAUCAUAAAGCUUUUGGAAGACCUUUAUAUCUGGCAGAAUAUGGUUCUUAUAAGCUGGUUAAUCUGAUUAAAAAGAUGGAUGAUGUCCUCACAAUUGAAGGAAAAAGGCAUAAGAAGUUCCUGUGUCUAAGAGAGCUUGCAAAUAAGUGCAGACGAGGCAAAAUGAAUGGUAAUUCUGCCAACAAAGAUCCAACAGAUAUGAUAUGGAGAGAAGAACAUAUGGCAAAUUCAAGAAAGGGGAAGGGAAUACAGGAAUACAAGAACCCACAUGAUUGCAAUACCAUACAUAAUUUUGAGGCAUAUAAUACAGAAGCAAAUCUGGCUUAUUAUUCAGAUGAAGGUUCAGAUGAUGACAGAGGAAGUGAUCAAGAUGAAGAGGAUGGGAGCAGAGAAACUAUUUUUCAGGUAGAAAUGGAUACCAGGGAAUAUCUGGCAGAAUCCAAGCUAGAAAUAUUUAAACAUGAGUUGCAAGAACUUUUGGUAAGCCAUGCAUGUAAAAUUUUGCUGACAAGCUUUUUGGCAUUGUACCAACAAAGAUAUGCUAAAGAUCUCGACUUCAGGUUAUAUGGUGUUAAAGAACUCGAAGCACUGGUUGAAAAGGUUAAAGAUGUUGCAGUUAUCAGGGAAGAGCAAGGCACUAAAAGAAAAUAUAUUGUUGUGAACUGUUUUUCUGAUAUGAAUUAAAAAUGACUGUCAAUUAAAUAUGCAAAUGCUUUCUUUGUGAAGGGAUAAGCAGUAAAGAUUGAUGUGUCAGGAUAAAGGUUUUCAGAAAAGAAUAGAGCAUCGUGGGAAUACACUAAAAAGUAUUUUCAUGUAAACGCAAUAUGCCAAAGCUCUGACCGGAAACUCAAGAUAAUGCAAUUACAUCUCUGGAAUUGAUCUAUAGUUAUAACUUAAGGUAUAUAUGUACUGACCAGAGUGUCAGCUUCUUAUCUGUAUUAUUGUAUAAUGUAUGAGGAAUCCUUGGCACAAAUAUUUCUGAUAAACUACAAAAGACCCUAAUAUUGGAGUAAGCUGGGACAGACCGAAUUGCUUUUGUUAUUGUGCACUGGAUUCCACUGUCGUUAUGGUCCAAGUUCUUUACCAUUCCCGGAAAUAAUGUACUUUUGAGGUUGUGUCUUA